AUGCCUCGGUACUUAGUUCAGGCGCAGCUUUAUGACAUCGAGCACAUCUACGCCUCUGGGUAUUCAUUUGUGGCCCUUCGCCGCGACGGAGCAGCUAUCUCCUGGGGAAGUCCCACGGACGGCGGUGAUAGCAGCUCCGUCCAAGACCAGCUGAAGAACGUCGUGAAGGUGGCUGGCUCCGCCACCGCCUUCGCGGCAAUCUUGGCCAAUGGCGAGGUAGUCUCCUGGG